AUGGAGGAAUUCGAAGGAGCAAAUGAAGGAGCAAUGGAGAGAUUCCUCGGCACGAUCCUGCCUCCAAAGCUGGAAGAUGCUGGCCUCGAGGACUGUGCACUUUCGAUCGAAUCGAUCAAGGAAGCCUUCUCCCGAGCUGCCUCCUCCCUCAAAUCUCGCGUCUCCUUCGAUCGCGAAAGCGGUGGAUGCGUUCAGAAUCCCGGACCAAGCAACGGUGAGAUCCCGGACAAACUUCUUGGAGUCGGCGAGAUCUGCCCGCCGGUACGGCCUUUGUGUGGUGACGAGGGUAAGGAGGAAGAAAGCGAAGGAGCUAAGGAUGAUUUGGUCGUUAUUGGUGCGGGAGGCGGGGACCUAGAGACUGAUAGGGUGGUGGUUGUGGGGGGAGAUGGAGAUGAGGUAGAAGGGAUGGAAUCGGGUUUUGGUGGUAAGAGUGGCUGCACUGUUGAUGGAGAAUUGUUUCCUGGAAAGAAGGAUGGCUAUGAAAUUGACGGGGAUUUGGAUGAAGAUGAGGAAAAUAAGAACGGACCUAUACUUGUUGAAGAGCUAAUCUGA